CUUCGACUGCGUUACACAAACUCUCCAUCCUCUCCUCAACAGACACAUCGCAAUGGGCUUCCUAUACCCAGACAACGAGAACCGCGCGCGGCGCUUGCAGCAACUUAUCGAUAGCAUGGUCAACAUGCAGACCGACAUCAAACAUGUUGCCGAGGAGAUGGACAAAUUGGACAAGAGGAUGAGACCCACUAUUGACAAGUUGCUUCACGAUAACCACAUGAACGGCAUCGAUGACCUGAUCAAGAAGGCGAUGGAAAAGAUGACUCCGGAGGAGAAGAAGCAGUUCGAGGCGAUGAUCGCUGCUGCGAAGAAAUUCGAUACGGGUAUUGACAUCACGUAUUUCAUUGGCGGUCUCCUCUUCCUUCCCGAGGGACUCGUCCUCUCAGGGAAGCUCGUCCUUGCGGUGGGCAAGUACAUUGGCAAACUCGCAAUCGUCCUUGGGGUUGCCAAGUUCUUCCGCAUUGCGGCAGGCGGUGCUGAAGCUGCCUCUGCUGCUGCUGCAGCCGCAUCACAGCUCGAGAAAGCUGCCAUGGAGGCUGAGGCGAUCACCAAGGAGGCUGGCCUGGGAGCCGAAGCCGGGGCUGAAGUAGCGGAGGCUUCGAGGAUCUUCGCCCGAGUCAGCAAAUUCGUCAAGAUCCUUGGAAUUGUGGGAUUCGUCCUCACAAUCGUUGUCUUCGUCAUCGAGGCCAUCGAGGGGGCGCAGCAGAGAGCACGCUUCAUCGAAGCCAUUCAAAACGCGCAGCCUUCCCGCCUUUGCAUCGCCCGUUACAAGCGAGAGGCGAUGAGCAUCCAGCAGAACAUGACGACCAUGUCGACCUAUUUGGACGCUUUGACUGACGGGGAACAAGAAGCCGCUAACUAUAUGUCAAAGAAGAUCAUCAAGAACAUUCAGGAGCAGGUUAGCCAGAUCAACUGGAAUGACCUGGAGAUCGAGCUGGAGAGACAGGAUAGGCAGGCCGGCAGCUACUAUGGUGGUGACGACCUUAGCACGGUCGAUGUCAUUGACAAGGCGACCAAGUUGCACGACGAAGAGAAUAAAUAGGGGCCCAAUGAUCGAAUUUGUCAUUUACAUAGCUGUACAAUACACAUUGUUUUCUGAGCGUC